AUGUCGUAUCCGACUAUUACCCUUGAGGAGCAUUUCCUUUCUAGCAAUGCAAUCGCAGCUUUGCCAACUUCUCAAAGCAAAAUUUACACCAAAGUAAAGCCCGCGUGGGCUGAACAGCUCUCCGACGUUGGCCCAAAUGGUUCCCGCAUCAAAGCCAUGGAUAGCGGACACGUUGGCAUCCAAGUGCUUUCUAAUUCUUUUGGCAUCACUUCAUUGACGCCAGAAGUUGUAGCGGCAGCUAAUGAUGAAUUAGCAAAGGCGUGUAAAGCCCAACCACGCUUUAGAGGCUUCGCGGCAUUGCCAAUGAAACAUGGUAAAGCUGCUGCAGCUGAACUUGAACGAUGUGUCGAACAGCUGGGGAUGGUUGCUUUGGAUGCUUUUGCUAAAGCCCAAGAACUCGAUGUUCCAAUUUAUAUACAUCCCACCACACCACUUGAAGAUGUCCAGGCGGCCCUUUAUGAUGGAAACUACGAUCAAGAGAUUGGGGCUGCGCUUGGAAUAGCCGGCUGGGGAUGGUAUUGCGAUAUAGCAUUAUCUGUGUUACGAAUAUACGCUGCGGGCAUCUUCUGGGAGUUCCCGAAUCUGAAAGUGGUAGUAGGCCAUAUGGGUGAAAUGUUGCCAUAUAUGAUGGACCGCAUAGAUGAGAAAGUGGGACAAAUUUGGCUGAAAGCCGAAAUGAGCUUCAAAGAGGUCUGGGAGAGAAACAUCUGGGUCACUACCAGCGGAAUGUUUACAAUGCCACCGAUGGCAUGUCUGCUGCGAAGCACGAGUAUCGACAGGAUCUUGUAUAGUGUGGACUACCCAUACUCAACUACGGAACAAGGUAAGGCUUUCAUGGAAGAGCUUCGAGAAAGUGGUCUGGUCACAGAGGAGGGGCAUUCCAAGAUUGCGUUUAAAAAUGCCGAGAGACUCCUCAACUUCAAGAUGUAA